AUGGGAAAUUGUCUGAGAUACCAAUCUUCCAUGACAUGGGCCGGCAACGAUUUGGAGUCAAAAAGCUCCAAUAUGAUCUUUGAGCAUGACACUCAUGAUGGGAUCUGUCAUGAUAGGGUCCAAAAUGAUAUGGAGAUGGAAGAGGAGAGGUCGAUAAGUAAGAACAAGACAGUUUCUUCCACAGAAGUAAAGAUCAAGGUUACCAAGAGGCAAUUAGAAGAACUGCUAGCAAGAUUCGACAUCCAAGGGAUGUCCGUCGAGCAAGUAUUGACCCAGUUGAUGAAUGGAGGUGGUGAUUGCCAUGCAAGACACCAGUCGUGGCGGCCUACUCUUCAGAGUAUUCCAGAGGUGAAUUGA